CUCCCGUCCGUUUCUCGCAUCGGGAGGCGACAAGAGAAUGGCACCGCACUCCCCCGCCGUGAAGCUCCAGUCCCGCGCCGCGCCGGCGCCGUCGUCGGCGAUGGGCGCGCACCGGUGGUCCCGCCCCAUCGCCAAGGGCCCGCCGCGCAAGAUCAGGAUCGUGCACGUCCUGGCGCCGGAGGUGAUCAAGACGGACGCGCGGCACUUCCGCGAGCUCGUGCAGCGCCUCACCGGGAAGCCGAAAGGCGGCGGGGUCGGCGGAGGGGCGUCCUCGUCGUCCUCGUCGCGGUCGCCCGAGAGCGCCGCGGCGGAGUCGUCGUCCCAGCAGCAGGCGGCGGCAGGCGGCUCGUCGUCCGUCGCGGUCGCGGUCGCCCCCGAGGCGGCGGCGGGGGGGACCGUCAAGGCGGAGGUGAAGGAGGAGGAGGACGCCGCGUCGCCGGAGGGCGGGUUCGGGGAGGCGGGGGGCACGGCGACGAACGACGCCUUCUUCCAGGACCUCGACGAGUUCCUCCUCGGCGGAUGGCUUUAGUCUCUGAUCGGUCAGCGGCGCCCCCCCCCGUUAGAGCUAAGUCCGAGAACUUUUGCCCCCCGCUGUUGCUGCAUAGGAUGGUGACGGUUAACAGAGAUCCCCCAUUUCGGCCUGGAAUUUUAAGUUAUAGAAUUGGGUUUCCUGCGUCUGUUACUUCUCCAGUUUGUUGAUAUUUCAGUUGUGUUAUUCAAAUUUGAACCCGCACUUGGAAUGGAAAUGGCAGAUUAGUUUGGUUGUUUCGA